CGAAGAAGAACGAAAAGGUUUUUGUCGAAUUAAUUUUCUGUAGUUAUAAUCAGUAAAGAUAUUAAAUAGAAAAAAUGUGUGUGAUUAAGUAGAAAUUACAGUCCCAACAUUGGUCCAAACUAGCCGGAUUCCACGACGUUGAAGUGGAAAAUACAACAAUUGCAAGCGAUAGAAGACAAUCGAUCGAAUCGACGCCAUUUUCGAUUACAAGGUUCCAGCAUCGGCAGGGACAAUAGCAAUAAUGAGUGAACUGGAUAAACUAGUAACAGAACGCCGGCAAAUAAUACAAAUGUUAUGGCGAAACAAGAAGUACUUUGACAAUCUCCUCCCAGAAUCCAUCGACAUGAGAAUUAUACAAGAAUUAGAUUUUCGAGUGUUAAAAUUAGAGCCUCUGUUAACAGAAUUCAAUGAAAAACAAAACGAAGUAGAGAAAUAUCCAGAAAUUAACUUAGAAGAGCAAGAGCAAGAACAGGUGAGUUUUGAGUCGUUAUAUUAUAGUCUUAUAGGUGACAUGAAAUAUUGCAUUGCAAAUUUUAUCAGUAGUGCGGAAUUACAAGUAAAGUCACCAGAUCGUACAGAUAUGAGACAAAAUGGUACUGCUAUAGAGCCACAAAGAGCUGUACAAUGGCCUGCUCUGAAAUUACCACAGUUUAAUGGACACUACGAUGGGUGGUUAGAAUUUAAGGAUGGUUUCAAUGCUCUUGUACAUGACAACAUCACACUAACUAAGGUACAAAAAUUCUAUUAUUUAAAAUCAUGUUUAAGAGACGAGGCACUAAAUUUAAUUGAAACAAUACAAGUCACUGAGGCAAAUUACGAUACCGCCUGGCAGCUACUAUACGACAGAUAUGAAAACAAGGCUCUAUUAAUUCAUAAUCAUAUUAGGGCAUUGUUUGACUAUCCAACAAUCGAUACUAAAAAUCAUGGAAGUUUAAGAGCAUUCUAUGACGCAAUUACGAAAAAUAUUAGAGCAUUAAAAAUUCUAGGGGAACCCACAGCAUCUUGGGACAGAAUCUUAAUAUACUUAUUAUCCCAGAAAAUGGAUAAGACCACUAGAAGAGAAUGGGAAUUAUAUGAUUCUAAGGAAGAUCUACCCACAAUGAGUGACAUGAACAAGUUUCUGAAACAAAGAUGUGAUCUUUUAGAAAAGCUAGAAAUAACAAAUAAAAGCACUUCCAGAAGUUAUGAGAAAAGAGACAAUAGAGCAAAGGGAAAGUUAAAUGCAUUCACAGCUAUCGAUAAAGGAGGAAUGUGUUGUUAUUAUUGCAAAGAUGGACAUGCAAUAUAUCAAUGUGAUAAAUUCAAGAAUUUGACAGGUGAUCAGAGAUCGAUGCAAGUACGAAAGUUGAGUUUAUGUUACAAUUGCUUAAGACCCUCGCAUAGAGUUAGUGAAUGUUCACAUUCAGGCUGCAAAAAUUGUGGAAAAAAGCAUAACACUUUGUUGCACAGCGACAAGGACAAUGAGGAGAGGCCAAAAAACAAAGAGGAAAGAAGCAAUGCUCAACCAGUACCUCAAGGGAGUACUAGUACAACGGCUAUGCACACAAUGGAAAAGGACAAUGAAUAUGAAGUUGAAAAAGGUCUAAUAUUAUCGUCAACGGCUAUGGUAAAGGUCAAGGAUUCAAGGGGCAAUUUAUUACAAUGUAGAGCUUUGCUAGACAGUGGUGCACAAAGCAAUUUCAUAACCGAGAAGUUAUGCAAUCGAUUAAACUUGAAAUGCAAUAAAAUAAAUAAGUGUGUUGUUGGUAUAGGAAUAUCUUCUUCAAAGAUACAAUAUCAAAUAAACACUGAGAUAACUUCAUGCGAUGGAAAGUAUACGACUACACUAGACUGCUUAGUGAUUCCAAGUAUAACAGACAAUUUACCAGUAAAAUCAUUCUCAAAGCAACGGUUGAACAUUCCAGAAGGAGUUACUCUCGCAGAUCCUCAAUUUAACAAGAGCAGUUCAAUAGAUAUACUGUCUGGUUCUUCAGUAUUUUGGGGGCUUCUGUGUGAAGGCAACUUAAAGAUUAAGGAUUCUAUGUUAUCAAUGAGAGAAACUUAUUUAGGAUGGGUGAUAGCUGGAGGAUUACAUGCCGGAGACUCAAUAGAUCAAUCAAUAAAUUGUCUUAGUACAGAACAUCGUUUGCAAGACAUAGAGCAAUAUUUGACUCGGUUUUGGGAAAUGGAAGAGCUGACGAAGAUGAAGCCUGUGUCCCAGGACGAACUCUUCUGCGAAAAACAUUUUAAGGAAAAUCUACAAAGGACAGAAAAUGAUCAUUUUGAAGUAAGCAUUCCAUUUAAACCUAAUAUUGCAGAUUUAGGAGAAACAAGAGAAAUGGCUUUACAGCGAUUUAUGAAACAAGAAGAUAGACUUUUGAAAAAUGAUUCAAUGAGAUCAGCAUACAUCGAGUUUAUGGCUGAAUACGAGAAAAUGGGUCACAUGACAGAAGUAUGUGCCAUUGAAGAAGGCGAUAAAGCGUAUUACUUGCCUCAUCAUGCAGUAGUACGAGAGGACAGCAGGACGACAAGGCUUAGAGUGGUAUUUGACGCUUCGAUGAAGUCAGAUACUGGUCUAUCACUGAACGACGUGCAAUACGUAGGACCUUCUAGACAAGAUGAGUUACUAGGUAUUAUCUUGCGAUUUAGAAAACAUGAAUAUGUCAUGACAGCAGACAUCUCAAAGAUGUACCGCAUGAUUUAUGUAAAACCCGAACAGCGACGAUUUCAAAGGAUAUUUUGGCGCAGCGAUCCCAAACAAGAGAUCAAAUGCUACGAAUUAAAUACAGUCACAUAUGGAACAGCAUCAGCAUCUUUUUUGGCUGUCAGAUGUUUAGUUCAAGUGGCAUUGGACAAUGUUGAAGCCUAUCCAGACGCUAGCAGAUCAAUACUGAAUUCAUUUUACAUGGAUGACUAUUUAGAAGGCGCCAGUUCAGAACAAGAACUAUUAAGGUUGCAAGCAGAUGUAACGAAGAUCUUAUCUGAAGCUGGAUUCCAGUUGCGUAAGUGGCUUUGCAAUAAAGAGAAUCUUAGUGAGAAAUUUCAAUGUGUCAAAGGAUUAGAAGCAAGCAUUCUAUCAAUAGGAGAAAACGAGUUAAAUAAGACAUUAGGUAUUCUUUGGAAUUCAAGAAAGGAUACAAUACAAAUAUUAGUAUCGAAGAUGAUAAACAAUAAGCCAACAAAGCGGACUAUAUUAGCAAUAAUUUCACAAAUAUUUGAUCCCUUAGGGUUAAUAGGUCCAGUGAUCGUGAUAGCAAAAUUAAUAAUGCAGAAGUUAUGGCAAGAAAAAGUUGGUUGGGAUAAAGAACUUCCAAGCACAUUAAUAUCAAUGUGGACAAGUUUUAAGAAGGAGUUAUCAGAAUUGAACGAUUUUACCAUACCAAGAAGAGUUAUAACAUCAAAUGCUAGUAGAAUAGAAUUACAUGGAUUCAGUGAUGCAAGUGAGAAGGCAUAUGGCUGUUGUCUAUAUUUAAGAUCGAAAGGCACAUCAGGUGAAUAUGAAUCCAAGCUACUGUGUUCAAAGUCAAGGGUUGCACCUUUGAAAAGGGUGACAUUACCAAGAUUGGAACUGUGUGCAGCACUUCUACUUGCUAGAUUAGCAAAUAAGGUAGUGGACUACAUGCAAGUAAAAUUCCAGAAAAUAUGUUAUUGGUCAGAUUCACAGAUAACUUUAGCAUGGAUAAAGGGAUGCUCAAGCAGAUGGAAGACUUUCGUCGCGAACCGAACAAGUGGAAUAGACAAUUGGCUUCAUAUAGCGUCAGCUGACAAUCCGGCAGACUUGAUUUCCAGAGGGUGUUCCGCAGAAGUGCUACAGAAAUCUAGUUUGUGGUGGACAGGCCCCGAAUGGCUGAAAACUCUAGAUACGGAUAAUUUAAGCACUGAAAGCAUAAGAUUAGAUAUUCUACCAGAAGAGAAAUCAAUAGCAAAUAUACUUACCUUAGAUAAUUUUGAGUUAUUUGAAAGAUUCUCGUCGUUACCGCGUCUUACUAGAGUAUUUGCUUACUGUUUACGAUUUAUCGCUAGUACAAGGAAGAGAAAGGUGAGCAAUUUGGAAUUUUUGACAGCUGAAGAAGUGGACAAUUCGUUGAAGAAAUUAACGCAUUUAGCUCAAAAACAAUCCUAUCCAGAAGAAUAUGAUAGUUUAUGCAAAAACCUACCUUUGUCAAAAAGAAGCAGUUUACUAUGUUUAAAUCCAAUUUUGCAAGACGAAAUUAUACGUGUAGGUGGUCGAUUGCAGAAUUCAUGACAAGAUUUUGACAAGAAACAUCCAAUUAUUUUGCCGAAAGAUCAUAAGUUGACAAAAUUAAUCUUUAGAAACGAACACAAGAGGCUGAAUCACACUGUGGGCCUACGCUUUUAUUAUCAUCACUUCGAGAAAGAUAUUGGCCUAUUGAUGGAAAAAACUUGGCUAAAAAAUUAGUACGCGAAUGUAUCAUUUGCUAUAAGGUAAAUCCAAAACACACAACCUACAUCAUGGGAAAUUUACCUAAAGAAAGAGUAAACCAGUACUUACCUUUUUACAAUGUUGGUUGCGAUUUUGCUGGUCCAUUCUUUUUAAAGGAUCGUAUGACUAGAGGAGCAAAAUUAGUAAAAGGAUAUGUGUGUAUAUUUAUAUGCUUGGCAACAAAGGCUAUUCAUUUGGAGGCUGUUUUAGAUUUGACAACUAACAGUUUCUUAGCCUGUUAUAGGCGAUUUAUAGGACGCCGAGGAAAACCUGCAAGUGUUUUUUCAGACAAUGGAACAAACUUCAUAGGAGGCAACUCUGAACAAAAGAACCUUUUCAAUUUUGUAAGAGAACAAUUCAGGACAAAUGAAGUUAAUUUCUAUUUUACAGACCAGAAUAUAAAUUGGCAUUUCAUCCCAGCAAAGGCCCCGAACUUCGGAGGUUUGUGGGAAGCAGGCGUGAAGAGUUUUAAGUUUCAUUUCAAGAGGGUAGUUGGAAAACGCAAAUCUAAACUAUGAUGAUUUUAUAACAAUUUUAAUUCAAAUCGAAUCAAUAUUAAAUUCCAGGCCUAUCUGUCCCUUAUUAUCCUCACCUGAUUCAAUCCCUCUUACACCCGCUCACUUCCUGCUAGGAAGAAGUUUGACAGCCUUGCCGGACAAGUCGUACCUCGACAUCAAGGAGAAUCGUUUAAAGCGAUAUGAACGAAGAGGUGGCAUACAGAGUACCUCUGUGAAUUACAAACAAGAACAAAGUGGAGAUCACAUGCUGUAGCACUGCUCAAGGUUGGUAGCAUCGUCCUUCUCCAGGAAGACAACACUCCCCCAUUAAAAUGGCCAUCGGGAAGAAUCGAGGAACUUCAUCCAGGUCCAGAUGGUGUAGUGCGUGUCGUAACAGUAAAGGUCAAUAAUAAUAGUUUUAAACGCGCCGUCACAAGAGUGUGCUUAUUGCCUACAGACUCUAAUGAUUUAUAGAUUAAGUUUGAAAUUUAAAUUAUGUUAAUGUUAAUAUUUGAUAUUCAUAAUUUGUAAGCAGUUUUAAAUAAUUUUGUUUGUAUUUUUGAAAUAGUUAUAUAUUUCAAAGCGGGCGGCAUGUUGUGGCCAAAUCUUAAUUUUUAAAUUUUAAAUUUUGCGCGCGAAACCGUAGCGGAAGUAUCGAGAGAGAGAGAGAGAGAGAGAGACAAGAAGAACUGUCAAUGAAGCCGAUCGAAGAAGAACGAAAAGGUUUUUGUCGAAUUAAUUUUCUGUAGUUAUAAUCAGUAAAGAUAUUAAAUAGAAAAAAGGUGUGUGAUUAAGUAGAAAUUACAGUCCCAACAAUAAUAAUAUCGGCUUUCAGAGACUAAACAUCCAUAUCCAUAAAAUAGUUGGCCCACACUAAUAAGACCUCAUUUCGGCCCUCGGACGGCCUUGUUCUAUUCAGCUAUCGACUUUCGUGUUGACAAGUUGAUUAGGCAGGUUA